AUGAAGCUCGUUCGGUUUUUGAUGAAAUGCGCCAAUGAGACUGUGACCAUUGAGCUCAAGAAUGUCGCCCACACAUACCCUCUACCACCAAACUUUAGAAAUCAAUCAAGUCUGACAAGAAAAAAUUACUAUCUAGGUACCAUCAUGCACGGCACAAUCACUGCCGUCUCUCCGCAGAUGAACACCUCCCUCCGCACUGUGAAGAUGACCCCCAAGGGUCGCGAUCCUAUCUCGCUUGAGACCAUCAACAUUCGUGGCUCCACAAUCCGUUAUUACAUCCUCCCUGAUAGCUUGCCGCUCGACACUCUCCUCGUUGAUGAUGCGCCCAAGCCAAAGAACAAGGCCCGAAAGGAAGCAGACCGAGGUCGUGGCCGUGGAGGUCCCCGCGGUGGUGGUGGCAGAGGCCGCGGUGGUGGUCGUGGCCGUGGCCGGGGACGUGGUUUCUAA